GAAAAGGGAGCAUCUUUAAUUGAUUGAUGUUUUGAUCAUAAGAAGAAAUAAUGAAAGCUGACCUUACUGAUUUCUAAACAAAACAGUAAAUACAAUGGAGUUACAUUAUGUUGUACUGAUGUCUGUAAUAGCAGGACAUACAACUGACAUUAUUAAUCAUAUAAUUAAUAAAUAGAGAAUAGAAUAAAAUAAAUUUCUAUUACAACAAUAUUCAAAAGUUAAUUCUGAAAAAAAAUAAACAAAAAAAGAGGAGCUGGUCUCUCUUAUGUAGUAAGACCACCUGGGUACUUGGAGGCAGGGUGAUGCUGUGGUCAUUGGUAGCAUUUUGAAUACCUCACGGGACAGGUCUUUUCUUUCUGACUGUGCUCCUUCAUUAGCACAGGUCCUUCAUUAGGUUCCUUCUUUUUUUCCCCAGCCCGUUUUCUCACUUUUUUUUUUUUGUCUGACUGCAGUAUUUAGCUCUUCUCUUCUUUGGGACUCUCUUUCACUAUUUGUUUAUGCAACAGCCAGCAAGCUGGAAAGCUACUUUGGAUUAGAGCUGCUAGCUGCUAUCAAGGAGCAGCUACAAAAUCUUCUCUUUGCCUCAAAACCUAUUCUGUAACUGGCAGUGGCCCAUUUGACACCUGUGUAUCACCAAAUCUCAGCCAUCUCCACAAGCGAUGGAGUAAACCUCCUGGACACUCCCGAGCCCGAGAGAGAGGACAAGGACACAGUAGAAGGAGAAGGGGACCAGGGCCAACUGAGGAAGUAGAGGCUUCUUGCUGUCAAAGGUAUCUGAGAUGAAUCCCACAAGCCAGUUCCGUGGCACAACAGAAUAUGACUAUGGAUAUGAUGAAAACGCUGCUCCGUGCAAUGAAGGAAACAGCUUUCGCAGGUUUAAAUCUCUCUUUCUGCCGAUUCUUUACUGCCUUGUGUUUGUCUUCUGCCUUCUGGGAAACUCCUUGGUCCUUUGGGUUCUCCUGACCAGGAAAAGGCUGACGACAAUGACCGACAUCUGCCUGCUGAACCUCGCAGCCUCUGAUCUCCUCUUCGUUGUGCCUCUCCCUUUCCAAGCCCACUAUGCUUCAGACCAGUGGGUUUUUGGCAAUGCCAUGUGCAAGAUAAUGGCUGGCAUUUAUUACACAGGCUUUUAUAGCAGUAUUUUCUUUAUAACUCUCAUGAGCAUAGACAGGUAUAUAGCAAUUGUCCAUGCUGUCUAUGCCAUGAGGAUACGGACAGCCUCUUGUGGCAUAAUUAUCAGUUUAAUCCUGUGGCUGGUGGCUGGCUUGGCUUCUGUACCCAACAUCAUGUUCAGCCAGCAGCUGGAAAUCGAGCAGUCUGUGCAGUGUGUCUCCACGUACCCCCCAGGCGACAAUACCUGGAAGGUCACUUCUCAGUUUGCAGCCAAUAUCUUAGGCCUCUUGAUUCCCCUUAGCAUCCUCAUUUGCUGCUACGCCCAGAUACUGAAAAACCUGCAAAAAUGCAAAAAUCGGAACAAGAUCAAGGCGAUCAAGAUGAUUUUCAUCAUUGUCAUUGUUUUCUUCCUCUUCUGGACUCCCUUCAACAUCGUGCUGUUCCUAGACUCCCUGCAGAGCCUGCACAUCAUCAAUGACUGCAAGGCGAGCUACCAGAUAGCCCUGGCCCUGCAGCUGACGGAAACCAUCUCCUUCAUCCACUGCUGCCUGAACCCCGUGAUCUACGCCUUUGCCGGAGUGACGUUCAAGGCCCACCUUAAAGGUCUACUUCAGUCCUGUGUCCGUGUCUUCUCCAGCCCCGUGGGAGGUGCUGGGGCUGGGCAGUCAUUUUCAGGGCCCACCCAGCUCUCCGGCUGCUCUGACAGUGCGGGGUUCCUGUGAGCCCACCCGCGUCGCCGCCUUCUGGUGCGAGCAGUCAGCCUUAGCUCUGACGUGGCCCCCCAGGCUGUCCCACGUGUGCAGCGUCCUCCUGGGAGGGCCAGUGUAUCUGUGCCUCCUUUUGGCAUAUGCUGUGGACUACGGCACAGCAAGAGGCGACGUUAGUUUCCUAAGAGCACCGGUGCUUUUCUAAGAUGGUGACCCUACCAGCUUGUCACAGAAUGAUUUUGGAUCAAGUGUUAGAGCUCUUUUGAUACGUUUCAGCAAGCAGAGUGCUUCCUCUAGUACUUAUUUUCUCCUCUGAUGAAAGCAUUGCUUCUGCCUCACCCCCAAAUAUGCUCUGCCUUGUGGAAGCUGUUCCAUACCUGAACACCUGCAUCCCUGGGACAGGUGUGGGACACCCCUCCGGGAGGUGGGCAAGGGGACAGGCAUGGGAUUACUUCACACUGCAAAGAAGGAAUCACCUCAGCCACUGUCACCACUCCCCCUUUGCUCCAGCUCCCGGAUAAAGAAGCCCCUCAGCUCAGGGUCCUGUUGCUUUGCUGUGGGACGCUCCCAGGGGCUCAGCCUGGAGCUGCUGCUGCCCAAAGCAGCCUUUGGGGGUGAUGCCUUCAAAACCAGCAGAGCAACGCCUCUGGGUGCCUCCUGUACCGGUCACUCGUAGGGGCCCAUCACCUGAAUAUGUCAUCAUCAAAGCAGCCUGACAGGCUGUAUCACCGCCGGAGGUGUGGGACCCCCAGCUCUGUGCCCCCAGCACUGGCUGCUAAAUGUAAACACCACAAAAUGGCAUGUAGCACACAGGGUCCAUCUCUUUUUCCAUACGUCAUUAUUUUCUGCCAUUUUCGAAAUGUUUUCUUUGAAUAAACCUAUUACCUGCACCUUUUUGUCUUGGCUCCUGGAAGUCUGUCUAAUGACUCACAAGCCUACAUUAGGAUAAAGAAAGGAUGUUUUUGCUGAUUUUUGAGCCGGUAUCACGUAAAAUACAUCUGAUGGAAUUGAGGGGUGCCCUGGAUCUCUUCGGCAAAAUAAGUCCUGCCUCCACUUUCCUGCUGAGAAGGAUUUGUUCUCAAAAUCCCAAUAAAAAUUCACAGUGAAAAAAUAACAUUUAUGUUGAGGUAAUAUUACUGUAAAGCAAA